AUGGUACGACAAGAUUACCAGCCUCUGCUUGAUAAACUACUUGCCAGAUUCAACUCUUGGACUGCAAGGCAUCUCUCUUUUGCUGGUAGACUACAGUUAAUACAUUCUGUCAUAUAUUCCACCAUUACAUUCUGGGCCUCAGUGUUCAUUCUCCCGAAUAGCUGCAUUGAGGAAAUAGAGAGUAUGUGUAGUGCUUUCCUAUGGAAAGGAACACCAAACUCUGCUAGAGGAGCCAAGGUCAACUGGGAGUCAGUUUGUACACCAAAGGAGAGUGGUGGUCUUCGUGUUAAGCGGCUCAAUAAUUGGAAUAAGGUCUUUGCCCUGAAGUUAAUUUGGCUCAUUUUUGCUGCGGGCGGUUCACUAUGGGUCUCGUGGGUGAGGUUACACUUAAUUGGUAAUCAAUGUUUUUGGGAUCUUGAUGGCUCUGCUUCAAGUAGCUGGAUUUGGCGUAAUCUUUGUAAGCUCAGACCGCUGGCUAAACAGUUCAUCAUCUGUGAAGUGGGAUCGGUUGUUAAUCUGGAUCCGGAAGUUCAAGAUGAUUUUUACCUCUGGAAGAUUGGAGAUGCGGCUCCCUCCAACUCUUUCUCUACAGCUGAUACCUGGAGACAUCUGCAUCCUCCGGGAAUAAAGGUUGACUGGUUUGACUCGGUGUGGUUUAAGGGUAGAAUUCCCAAACAUGCCAUCAUAGCUUGGCUAAACUCUCGGCACAGGCUGCUUACUCGAGAUAGGUUGGUAAGAUGGGGCUUUGCGGUUCCGUCUACUUGUCUUCUCUGCAGCUCUAUGGAUGAAACUCGUCAGCUCUUGUUCUUUGAUUGCUCAUAUACGAAGGAGGUCUGGCAUCAUUUUACUGGUAAAGUCCAUCUUUCUCCUCCUUCUACCUUUGAAGCUGGGGUCAGAUGGUUGAAGAAUCCAUGUAGGGAUAAAAACAUUACUUGGAUACUUCGAUUACUUUACCAAGCUUCAGUGUACUCCAUCUGGAAAGAACGCAACUCCCGAAUUCAUUCAUCUAUCUUUCGUCCAGCCUCGGCAUUGAUUCAGGAGAUCAAGAACAUUAUUCGAGCUCACCUUGGUCCUCUAACUCUAAAACAAAGGCUCUCCAAUCCCGGUGAUUCUCUCUUGGUUACUUGGUUUAGAUUUUUUCUCUGA